UUAGGAGUCAUCUAAUCAGAACAAUGACUCAGCUCUUCGGUCGGAGAGCUCAGGUUGUCCGGCAGGCGGCAGGCGCCGGAAACGAGCUCUCCGGCGAAGGCAAUAACGCUAACAUACUGACCUCCGCCGGCCGGCGAAUUCCUGCCUGUUCGGACAUACUGGCUUCGAUGUCGCCAGUGCUGGAGAGAAAACUGAAUUCUGGGAAGAAUGAUGGGAAAUCGGAGAAGCUGAUUCGGAUUCUCGGAGUUCCUGACGAUGCUGUUCACGCUUUCCUCAGGCUGCUUCAUGCGGGAAGCGACAAAGAAGGGGAGGGAAUAAUGAGAAGACACGGGAUGCAUCUGCUUGUACUGUCGCACGUGUAUCAAGUGAAGUGGCUGAAGCGCGCGUGCGAGAAGUGGCUCGCGGCUUGGCUUACCGCCGAAGCGGUGGUGGACGUGCUGAAGCUUGCGCGGCUGUGCGAUGCGGAUUGGCUCGCCAUCCGCUGCUUCAAGCUGAUAGAGAAGGAUUUUGACACCGUACAGAAUAGCGACGCGUGGCAUUUCGUACAGGACAACGAUCCUUGGCUUGAGCUACAAGUUCUCCAAUUUCUUCACGACUCAGAUAUUAGGGAGAAGGAAAUUAGAAAAAAUAAGGACGAGCAUAAAAUAUACCGGCAGCUUAGUGAGACAAUGAUCUGCCUUGAGCACAUCUUCAAAGAAGGUUGCACAGACAUUAAGCCCGAUCAGAGCCGGAAUAGCUACUGCCCGUCGUCCGCCGCCUGCCAACCACUUCAACACCUCCUCCUCCACUUCUCAAAAUGUGACGGCGAACGUACCACCUGCUCUCGCUGCCGUCGAAUCUGGCAACUCCUUAAGCUUCAUUCAACCAUGUACAUCGCUCAUGAUUUCACUAACUGCAGGAUUCCAUUGCACAGUGAAUUUGAGUACAGAAUGCAAAAGCUAGAGGGGAAGUUAAACGAAAGAAAGUGGAUGACGUUGGGGAAGAAGGUGGCAUCAGUUAUGGCAUUUUCAAGUUUUGCAAAGAGGAAUAUGCAGGAAUCUGAAUCAGGGUUGGCCGUAGGAUGAUAUGCUCAGAAAGUAUUACCAUAGAAAUGAUGAAAAAUUAAGAUAGAAUUUGUAAGGAGAGGGUAGAGAAUGUAUGUGAGGAGAUGUAUGGAGUUAAGGGAAAGUUUUCCCUUUUUUUUUUUUUUUUUUUGGGUUUGAUGAUGUUGUCUUUCUCUAAAUAAUAUGGUGUAAUUUGUGUUUUAGAGCAUGUAUAAGUUGUUAAAAUUUGAUCGACUUUUUGGCCUU